AUGAGUUCUUGCAAACCAGUUAGCACACCUCUUGCACCUGAAUCAAUGUUCGACGACAACGCAGAAGUCUCUGAAAAUGAAGAAAAAUGUCCCUACAGAGAGUUGAUUGGUGCUCUCAUGUACGCAGCAAUUGGAACCAGACCUGAUAUCGCACAAGCUGUCAGCAUUCUUGGACAGUUCAAUCACAAUCCAAAACGAGUAUAUUGGACAGCAGCUAAGAGAGACAACUGUAAAAUAGACAGAAGAUCUUAUACAGGCUCCAUUUUUAUCUUUGGAGGAGCGGUCAUUUCCUGGGAAUCGCGGAAGCAGCGUACAACUGCGCUAUCUUCUACCGAGGCUGAAUAUAUGGCCAUCUCCGAUGCAGCAAAAGAAGCUGUAUAUCUCACUCGUUUUCUGAGGGAUCUACGUUUAUCGAAAUUUGCCAAGCUGACGAUUUACAAUGACAACUAA